UCAACAGCUCCAGUGCGGGUAGACGUGUUGAAGGCAGCCCGGGGUGUAGCCGGUGGUACCAGUGUAGCUGUGCGCGCCCAGAGCGGCUGGUCUUGCCUGUCAUUGUCUCGAUGUGGAGCAGCCAAUCGGCGUGGCCGUCGACAUCGCAGCCCGGAAGAAGGAAGCUCACCCGAAAAAGAGCACCUUGAUUAAAAGUGGAGACGUUACCUGAAGUGUCCUCCUCGUCACUGUGACCAUGAGUUUCUUCCCUGGUCCGUGCAGCCCUAUCCAGGAGCAGAGGGACCGCUGGGAGAGAAAACGCAGCCGAACAGCCAGAGAGUUGGUGCUGACAGAACAACAUUACUGCCAACAGCUGAAGCUGGUCACCACUUACUUUGUGGAAAUCUUGAAGGCCAAAGGAACCCUGAGGCAGGACAUUGGAGAAAACAUCUUUAGUUCAAUUAAAGCCAUUCAUUCAGUAAACCAAUCUCUUUUGGUUCAUUUGGAGAAUGCCUACUUCGGCCGCGGUUUCGACCAGUUCUGUUCAAAUCUGCAACACUACAACACAUAUGUGGAUAACAUCUAUAAUGCCAACAAAGUGCUUGGGAUCCAGCUGAAGAAAAACAAGGCCUUCAGACGUUUUAAGAAACUCCAGGAAACACGACCAGAGUUCAACAACCACAAGCUUGAGGACCUACUGCAACUUCCCAUUCAGCGAAUUGAUCAGUAUAAGCAUUUCUUACAAGACUUGACCUCCAACACAAGUCCAGACAAUCCGGAGUUUCAGCAGCUUUCAAGGGCGGUGACUGCGGUGUGUGAGGUGUCCCAGCGUAUCGAGAACAAUACCAGGCGCCAUGAGAACCACCUGCAGCUUUGCCGGGUGCAGAAACUGCUGAAAGGACGAAAGACAAAGGUGCUGGCUGCAGGGAGGUGGUACAUCCGUGAGGGCUGGUUGAACAUGGUUCUUCCUAAAGGUGCAGAGGCUAAGCCCAAGAUGUUCUUCCUGUUCUCUGACAUGCUGCUGCAGGCCAAGCGCUGCAGCCCACUGCAUCCCACCAAUGGAGACAAGUUCACUGGCCAGCACAGCUACCCCCUGCAAGAUUGCACUGUGGAGAAGGUAUUUGGGCACACCAAGAGCCAAGGAGGCCUUCUCAGUUUAACCUUCCCCAAAGCCAAGCUAUUGCUCAUGUCCGGCAACCAGCAGGAUCUGAAUGACUGGUACCAAAGUCUGAGCUCAGCUAUCAGGAAGCUGCAGUCCAAACUGACAGUAGUCCAUCAAAGAGAGGAGUUACGCCAGAGACCCCUCCACUCAGCUGCUGACAGCCACAACACACCGAGCUGCAGCAGCAACGACCCGGGAAGGAAGAGAAACAUGGUGAGCAUUGAGACCAGUGAGCAGGCUCAGAAGCCUCCAGUUGAGUGGGAAGGCAGCGCCCCCAAAAGGAUGAAGCAGUCUGACACUCCAGAGCAGAGCACCGCGGAGGCAUCCUCUUCUGGCUGUGUGAUCCUCUGAUGGACUUCCUGUUCUUCAGACUCUGAAUGGAAAUCAGCUCGAGAUGAUGGUGGAUCCUGUAUGGUCUGUCUGAGAGUUUCAUUUCAGACGGACUUUUGUGUUCCACUCAGUUUUGCCGAAUGUGACACACAUGCUACUGUAAGUCUGUGCUGUUAACAGCUUCUUUCUCUAUGUCUCUACUGUGCUUUUGGACAUGUCAGCAUGAAGUCAGGUUUAGCUUUUUACUAACAGCAGCUUCAGCUCCCGCUCAUCCUGUGCAAUAUAAACUAUCUGGAUGUGCUGCUUUCAAGACCAAAUAUUUGACGAAUGUUUAAAUGUGAGCAGUAUGUUGCUGCUGCUGGUCUCCAUAAAAGAUUCAUCUACUUACAACCUUGUAACACCAACACUGCGAUGCUGAAUUCAUGUGUAUUCCAGACUUCACCCCCCGAAGUCUUUUUUUGUACCUGUACCUAAAUGCACCAUUUCACUAUACUUUUCAAUCCGCGGCGUUUUGCAUUGCAUUUACAGGCAGACGUUAGAAAACAAGAACUGAAAAAAGUACAAAAAUAUAUCUGGGGAGUCGCUAAAGGAAAAUAUACGUGCAUGGGAAAAGUCAAACAGCAUAAAAGUCAGCUUAUUACCAGUGGACCACGAUAGUUGGUCUAUAGGUCCCAUGACAGGAACACUGACGCCUCUGAUUCUGUCUGACCACCUCUUUGAAAGAAGAGCGAGGCUGAUCUGCACCUGCCUUCACCUCUCACUGACUGGAAGAACCAGAAAGCUGUGGGCACUCGGUGCUGUUUCCUUAACCUCCUUCACAAAGCAAGGGGUCGUGCAACACCGAUGUCACAUGUGAUUUACUGUAAAUACCAGGUUCAGUCUCGGAAAUGACGACAAGCGCACAUCUAAGUGGUACUUACGCAUUUAACUCCAAUAUGGCCGAUCUUAAAUAAAUAAAUGAACAUUAUGAAACUAUAUAAUAUCAAACAUGAUGAUAUAUAAAUGAAUAAACAGUAAAAUAUAAAAUAUAUCAACCAAGACUUUGUGAAAUAAACAUAUAUUUAAACUCAAAGGAUUACUAUGUAAAUUUAUUGUAUCAUCUCUCUAACUUUAAAUUUUUUCCAUUUCAGCUGUAUUGGAGUUUAUCAUAGAAAUACAUUUUAUUUCCCAAUGCCCUUUUCUCCAAAGCCACAGACAUACACACAUUUCAGCCUAUAAGUGUUGGUGAGAACAAUGCUACGUUGAAAUAAACAGAUGUUUGGAAAGGGUCAUUUUGAAAUAACGAUGGUUAUAAUGAAAUGAAAAUUCCAGUAUAACUGAAAUAAGUGAUGAAACAACAUUACACCAUGAGUUAAAAUUGUAUUAAGCAAUUGAAUUAUUUUACAAUGUACUGGUUCAUUUGUCCAUUUUACUGUGUUUAUAUGAUUGAUUAUUUGUUUUAUAAUGUCUUAUUUGUUUAUUUAAUAGUGACAACUAUGGUUUUCGAUUAUUAUGAAAAGGAAUGUAUUUUUGUUCAACUUCACAUACAUGGAAGCUUCAUGCCAGCCGAAAUCAUUGAAGCUAACUGAACCCUAAUGUAUCAAUCAUCACACUAUUGAUUAAAGCAACAAAACCGGCCCUGCCAUCCUACUGCUGCAGCCCAUGAUAAUCAGUUCUAAGGUACAGCUCUUGUGUGACUGGAUGUCUGCUUUGAUUGCCAGAUACACAGCGGGUACUCAUAGCUUCUACAUGGGAGACCUACUGCGGCGAUGUACGUGUUUUCUUGUGUCAUCAUUGAAUGAGUGCAUUGAAUUCAGCUGCACUGUAUUUUAGAAAUUACAGGAUUUCUGACGUCCAGGCAAGAAAACCUGGUAAACAGAAGUUCACUACGCUGAUUAUCUUGUGGUUUUUUUCAUCAUAUAUAUUUUAUCCUUCAUUAUAUCCUUUAAUCACAUCUUUUAUCAACAAAUCAACCUAUAUUUGCUUCUCUUCUGUAUAGUACUUCAUAUAAUUUACUAACACUAUUUUGAUUUUCAAGCUGCUUGUGCAUUUUCCAGAUUAUUUUUAAUAUCCUAUUUUUACGCUUUUUUUUUUUUUUGCUAAG